AUGGUCGACGUUUGCACACGUUUUUGUGUUUUACAUGCUCUUCCUGACAAAUCUUCUGAUACAGUAGUACAAGCAGUUAUCAACACAUUUUGCGACUAUGGGUUUCCAAGAUAUCUACAAUCCGACAACGGCACCGAAUUCGUCAACGCACUUAUGCGCAAGCUCAAGGAAUCAGCCGGAUUUGACCACCGCCUAGCGACACCUUAUCACCCACGAGCUAAUGGUUUGGCAGAAAGGUUCGUUCAAACAACAACCAAUGUCAUCCGCAAGAAUGUCGAUGGAGCAACCAAAGAUUGGGACUUGUAUGUGAAACCUAUCCAACUUGCCCUCAACAACAAGGUUGCCAGCUGUCAUGGUACAACACCAUUUGCCCUCAUGUUUAACCGAGCUAUAAAUGGAUUCCGUGACUACAGCAAUGACGACAUUCCUAGGCCUCUCCAAGAAGAUGAGCUGAUGGAGCGCAUUGACUUGAUGUCGAAAACGGUGUUUUCUGCCAUCUCGGAAAGGGCAACAGCACUCGCACAGCUCAAGAAAGGUAAGCAUGAUGCCAAGUAUAGGAUGAUUAAGUUCCCUCCAGGCAGCAAGGUUAUGGUCAAGGAUAUGCUACGCAGCAAGAAAUUGGAUCCACGUUAUGAAGGACCCUAUACCGUUGUACGUGAAACCCAAGGCGGUUCUUAUGUCUUAAGGGAUGAACAAGGACUCCUCGCAUCCAGGAAUUUCGCACCAUCACAACUCAAGCUCGUAUCCCAGGAUGAAUUACUCGAUGCAAGUGAAGCCUAUGAACGGGAUGGCGAGUACUACACGAUCCAAGCUAUCGUUGAUCACAAAGAGUUGGCACCCGGAAAGUAUCUUUACAGGGUAAGAUGGGAAGGAUACACUGAGGCUGAUGACACUUGGGAACCUCCACAGUCAUUCAAUAGCCCAGCACCUAUUUCGAAUUACUGGAACAAAAUCACCGCAUCACCAUCACCAACGCCUACACGCGACAUGAAGCACUCUUCGUCUCACAUGAAGAACACUUCGUCUGGUUUACGUGAUACAGCUUUUGAUAAUGACACCACAGAGCAUCACAAGACUACGCCCAAACGAUCUGCAUCGGACAUCGCCGCCACCAACACACGCCACAGCAAACGCUCUCGACGCCACGUCAAUUACAGGGUAUAG